GGCCGCCCGGAGCGGCGCGCGCUCCGGCGGGCUGUGCUAGACGCGGGGCACGUCGCGGCCAGAUCCGUCGGCUGCGUCAGCACGUCCGGAAGUGCGGGAGCGGCCGACAUGGCGGCGUCCGCGUCCGGCUUGGGCGGCGGCGGCGGCGCCGGCGGCUUGGGCGGCGGGGGCCCCGGGCCCGAGGCCGGGGACUUCCUGGCCCGGUACCGGUUGGUGUCGAACAAGCUCAAGAAGCGGUUCCUGCGGAAACCGAACGUGGCGGAGGCCGGCGAGCAGUUCGGGCAGCUGGGCCGCGAGCUCCGUGCCCAGGAGUGCCUCCCUUACGCGGCGUGGUGCCAGCUGGCCGUGGCGCGCUGCCAGCAGGCGCUCUUCCACGGGCCCGGGGAGGCGCUGGCCCUCACCGAGGCCGCGCGCCUCUUUCUGCGGCAGGAGUGCGACACUCGCCAGCGCUUGGUCUGCCCCGCCGCCUACGGCGAGCCCCUGCAGGCGGCCGCCAGCGCCCUGAGCGCCGCCGUGCGCCUGCACCUCGAGCUGGGCCAGCCGGCCGCCGCCGCCGCCCUGUGCCUGGAGCUGGCCGCCGCCCUGCGCGAUCUGGGCCAGCCGGCCGCCGCCGCCGGCCACUUCCAGCGCGCCGCGCAGCUGCACCUGCCCCUGCUGCCCCUGGCCGCGCUGCAGGCGCUCGGCGACGCCGCCUCCUGCCAGCUACUGGCGCGCGACUACAACGGCGCCCUGGCGGUCUUCACGCGCAUGCAGCUGGCGCGCGACCACGGCAGCCACCCAGUGCCGCCGCAGCCGCCCCCGCCCCCGCCGCCCCGCGCCCCGCGGCCCGGGCCCCAGCACGCACCCGGCGCGGCCUCCACCCUGCCCGCUGCACCGCCCGCUGCCAACACCGGCUCUGCCGCGCCCUCUCCUGCAACGCUGGGCGCCUUCUCAGACGUGCUGGCCCGGUGCGAGGUGUCCCGCGUGCUGCUGCUGCUGCUCCUGCAGCCGCCGCCCGCCAAGCUGCUGCCCGAGCACGCCCAGACCCUGGAGCGGUACUCCUGGGAGGCUUUUGACGGCCACGGGCAAGAGGGCAGCGGCCAGCUUCCCGAGGAGUUGUUUCUGCUACUGCAGUCCUUGGUCAUGGCUACCCACGAAAAGGACACGGAAGCCGUCAAGUCCCUGCAGGUGGAGAUGUGGCCACUGUUGACUGCUGAGCAGAACCACCUCCUUCACCUCGUUCUGCAGGAAACCAUCUCCCCCUCGGGAUACGGGGUCUGAUAAAUCACAGUGACCAGACAAACUUUUUGCCUGGUACCCAACCGCACACAUCCAUCCACCUUUGCCUUUGGGGAGAAAUAAAAGGUCAGGUGAUCCUGGUUCUGCAUCCUCUGUUGCUCCCGUUUUCACCAUGGUGUUUGUCUUUCUGUGUCUACCUAAUUUCACUUAGCCUGAUGCCAUCCACGUGCAUCCAUGUUUCCGCAAAUGACAAGGCAUCAUUCUUUCUGUUGCUGGAUGGUGUUCUAGUGUAUAUAUUUGAUACGCAGUUUCUUUAUUCAUUCAUCUGUCGAUGGAUACUUAGAUUGGUUGUGUUGCUUGGAUGUUGCAAAUAGUGCUGCAGUGUACAUGGGAGAACAGAUAAUCUCUUUUGACAUACCGAUUCUCCUUUCAACGUAUGUAUACCCGGUGGUGGUUUACAUUAGCAACAAUCGUUUAGAAAAGAGAUGAAAUGAAAUAGUUGUGCCUCCAGCAGUUUGGGAAUACGAGAAUUUGGUCACACUCCCGCUUGAAACCUAAAACAU